CUUGCUCAGGAUGAAGACAGCUCCGUUGGUGGCUUUGCAGUAAUUGAGUAUGAGACAGCAGAACAAACAGAGGAAGUGCAGGAAAGCACAGAUGGUUUGACUAUCAACGAAAAAAGAGUCCACGUGUCUUAUUGUGCUCCUGGAGCUCCUGGCCGCAGUACUCUUGCUACACUUAUAGCAGCACAACGAAUGAUGAAAAACAAUCAAAAAGGAUUACUUCCAGAACCAAAUGCUGUGCAAAUCAUGAACAGCUUAAAUACUCCAGGCAUGUUGCAGAUGUUGUUACGGCAUCAGAUGCAUGGAUGUGCUAAUAAAUUUGUCCUAGGAUCUCCCAUGAAUGUGCCUCACCUUGUAAAUCCAUCAGUCAGUCCAGCCUUUUUGCAUUUGAAUAAAAUUCAUCAGAGUUGUUCCAAAAAUCAAACCUCUCUACUUGGAGAACCUCCUAAGGAAAUACACCUCAGCACAAAUCCCUACUUGAACUUGGCAAGUGUUCUACCUUCUGUGUGUCUUUCAGGAGCAGUCCCCAACAAAGCUAAUAAUACUAAGUCGCAAUCUGUAGCUGCAAGUAACUCAAUCAACAGUGUAAAUGCUCAGGGAAACACAGCACAGCAUGCAGUGGAAAACUCUUUUAACUAUGCACGGCAGUAUAAUGAUUACACACAGGAAUCCAAUGGAGGAGUUUAUGGUGAUUAUGGUACCUAUUUACAGGUUAUGCCUUCAUAUUAUGCUGCAGCUCAAGGAUUCUUCCAUCCAAGUGUCUUGCCGUUUACACCUCAAAAUCCCCUGAAGAUGACGCCAAUGAAAAAUGAAAAGCGGAGCUCUUCAUACCUCAUCACAAAUCCAGAAGACAAUCCAGUGGAAUAUGUUGGCCCACAUACUCAGGGCUCCGGAAUGCAUUAUACAGAACUGUACCUUAAAAGAAAGCGUGUCUAUUAAGAUUUCUAUCUAAUUGAAAUCAAAAUCACUUUUUGUGGCAUUCUUGCCACUGUUCUCUUUUAAUAUAUAUAAAUAUAUUGUAGAUAACAUGUGCAAUAGUAUUGCAGAAAUUAGUUUUGAUAAGGAAAAAUGGUAUGGGGAAGAAGCUCUUGUCUUCUGGAUUAAUUUUUGUUGUUUGGGCUGACAGUAACGUGUUUAGAAGAACAGCAAUGCUAUGGUGUGAGAGCUACUCUCAAAACAAUGAAAUAAUGGAACUUUCCAAAUGUCUUGCUGAGAAACUGCAUUCAUACCCUUAAAAAACAAUAAUGCUGGUCAGUGAUAUUACAAGAAGUCUCUGAUUACUUAGUCCUUGAUUGAAUAAGAUUCAUGUAUAAUUCUUUUGUCUGUUUCACAAUAAUAAUACACUCUUAUUGAGAUGAUUGGGUUUAGAUUUGCAACUUUCAAAUGUAAAUAAAAUUAAGCAACUCUCCUAGCAGUAAGUUAGGAAAAUGUCAAGAUACACAUGUCUUAUUGAAAAUAACAUUGUUGAAAUAUAAAGUAUGUUAUGACAAACUUUCUGUGGAACUGAAGGACUGAAACUAGAUUUUUGUUUGUAGAUGUUGGCCUUUAGAAUUAUAAGUUCUAAACCUAGAGACAAUAUUUAAACACAUUUUCAAAUAUAGUGUGUAUGAAUAUACAUACACACACACACACACACACACACACACACACACACACAUAUAUAUAUCCUAUUGGAGCUGAAUUUAUUACAGUCACUUGCAUUUAAUUAAAAGAAUAUGCUUUCCAGAUGGUUCUUGCAAACACCUGAUUUAUCUCACUGCCAACUUGGAAAUUCUGGAGAUGCUCCCCAGAAGUAAUAUUCUGUACAUACUUGAAACAUUUCUGUUGAUAUGCUAUCUUUUAUUUCUAACUGGUCUACUUGUGAGUGAAAAUGUGCUUGAAACAGGCUUAUUUACCCCAGUGUGCUCACAGUCUUGAGAACUGUAAUAUGACUGUAAUAUGGCUUUACCAUAAAAACUAAAUGUGUUUAAA